ACCGGUGGCGACGGUCCCUCUGCACCAGGACCACAGAGAAAACACCGGAAGAAACAACAGGUCAAACGGAAAACCAGCGUCCGAGGAGACAAACAGAAGCAACCCAAAGCCAAGAGGUUUAACAACCGUCGCUGCUUUAAAUGUGGAGAGGGAUUCCCCCGGGAAUAUGAGCUGUUGCUCCACCUGCAGACACAUCUGGAUUACAACUGCUACGUGUGCGGAACGCCGUUCGACAACCAAGAGCUGCUGCAGAGACAUCAGAAGGAGCACGCCGAGGAGAGUCUGGGUGUGUUCUCUGGUGAGGCAGCAGGUCCAACUACAGGGCAGCGGCGGGGAGAGGGAAGAGGACUCACCGGUGUCCGACCUGUGGCAAAGAACUAUCCGACGCGUCCAAGCUGAAGCUGCACGUGAGAAUCCACACCGGGGAGAAACCGUACUGUUGCUCCCUGUGCGGAAAGGGUUUCACUCAGCCAGGGAACCUGAAAACGCACAUGAAAACACACCGAGACGGGAACCCCAGUUUGUUGUCUGCUGGUGGGUUAGGUCCGUCUACGUCAAGAGGUCCUGAAAACCACCAGGAGAAUCACACCGCCGCCACAUCAGCAGCUCAGGAGAACUUCAACUGUCCAGAUCGACCGUCAGCGCAGAAACACAUGACGUCUCAGGACAGCGGAGAGAAGGCCUCUUUCUUCUGCUCGCUGUGCGGGGAGCAGUUCUCUGAGAAGGCACAGUUGGAAGAACACCGGUUGGCUCACAACAACAAGAAGCCUUUCCCCUGCCCUGACUGUGGCAAGAGGUUCCGCAGUAAUUACUACGUCAAGAUCCACAUGCGAAUGCACACCGGGAGAGGCCUUACCAAUGCACUGAGUGUGGGAAGGGCUUCAUCACAGAAGAAGGGCUGAAGAAGCACGAGAGCGCUCACCGGGGAGAGAGACCCCACCUCUGCCCCGAGUGCGGAAAGAGAUUCAAGCAACAGUCCCAACUUACAUGUCACUUCCGUAUGCACACCGGACAGAAGAGCCACCUCUGCUCCGUCUGUGGGAAGAGUUACUUCAGAGAGUUUGACCUCAAGGUUCACCUCAG